AUGCCACCUAACAACGAGCGCGAAAAGUAUUGUUUCUUCAUUAUCAAUAAUGAUGAUAUCGUUGAGCCACCUCAAUCAAGUGAAAUUCAAAACGCAUUUGUUAAAGGAACACUUGAAGAAAAGAAAAAAGCAUUAAAGACUUUGAUAAAAUUAGUAAGCAAUGAUGAUAACUAUCCUAGACUUCUCAUGCCAGUCCUUACAAACCUUUAACUUAAUCAAGAUCAUGAACUCAAAAAGCUACUGUUUUUAUAUUGGGAAGUUGUAGAGAAGACAAAUUUAGAUGGAUCAGUUAAGGAUGAAAUCACUCUUGCUUGCAAUGCCUUGAGAAAGGAUUUACUUUCGCCCAACGAAUUUAUUAGAGGCCGUACUCUUAGACUCGUGUCCAAGAUAAACAUCAAGUCUAUCCUUGAAAACUUAGUCUAAGCAGUAAUUGAAAAUCUUACCCAUAGACACUUCUACGUUAGAAGAAAUGCCAUAAUGUGCAUCUAUUCUAUUUUUUCUAACACAGGAACUGAUCUUAUUGAAGAUUGUAUAGACAGUAUUGAAUCAAUAUUGAUUAAUGAGACUGAUUUAUCAACUAAGAGAAAUGCAUUCUUCUUAUUAUUCCAUUUAUCAUAGGAAAAGGCUCUCUCCUAUCUUAAAAACCUUAUGACAGCAACUGAUGAUCCAGUUUAAGAAAUGGGAGAUAUUUUCCAGUUAAUAGUUCUUGAGAUGCUCAGAAAGCUAUGCAAGAUAGAACCAAGCUAAAAGUAAAGAUUAAUGAAUGCCAUUUUCAUGCUUUCAAAUUCAAAGUCUUCUUCAGUACUAUUUGAAUGUGCAAACACUAUUACUUAAUUGACCACUGCCCCUACAGCUAUUAAGAUUGCUAUUCAAUCAUAUCUUAACUUACUUGCUGAUCAAAAUGAUAACAAUGUUAAAUUGAUUGUUCUCACAAAGAUAAUGGAACUAAGAGGUAAAUAUGCAAAACUUUUAGAAGAUUAUAUCUCUGAUAUUUUGAAUACAAUUAAUGAAGAGCAGAUUUCAUCAUUAGAGAUUAACGAAAAAGUACUAGAGCUUACUACAGAACUUGCAUCAUCUAGAAACAUUAAAGAAAUCAUCGGAUUCCUGGAAAAGGAAAUUGUAAGGGCAAGAAAGAUGGAUGAAAGCGGUGAUUAAGCUACGACUACGAACGAAUAUAGAUACCUGCUUAUUAAAUCUAUUAAUACUUUAACUCAGACAUUUCCAGAAACAAUUCCAAAUGUCCUUAGGCCUUUGAUGGACUCAUUCUUAAUGUUUGACAAUAGAUCAACUUAUACAUCUCUUGAAACGAUACUUUUUAUCAGAGAAAUAAUAGAAGUACACCCAGAACAUAGAUAAUCAAUUUUCGAGAAGAUUUGUGAUUCAUUUGAAGAUAUUAGAUCACAUUUGGUGAUCAGAGUUGCUCUUUGGAUUAUUGGAGAGUAUGCUACCACAUAAACAGAUGUUGAUAGGGCGUUUGAUACAAUCAAGAAAAAUGUUGGAAGUCUACCAUUAUAUAAAGCAGAGGCUAAUGAUAAUCAAAAUCAAGAAGAAACAAAAUCUUCUACCUCAUCAGGACCUAAAGUUAUAACUAAGACCAUUAUUUUACCAGAUGGUUCAUACGGUACUGAAACAAUUGUACUUAAUGAUCCUGCUCAAGCCAGACUUUAAAAUCAAGGAACUUCUAACUCAAAUGAUGAUAAUUUACCUCUCAGACGAGCACUUUUAAAUACUGAUGAUGAUUACAUUGGAUCAUGCCUCGCAAUAACAUUGACUAAACUUGCAAUUAAGUCAAAGAAGAAUCUAAGCGGUAAAUUUAAUCAAAUGAGUAUUGAUUCAAUUCUUAUUAUUUGCGCUUUGCUUAAGGGGUAAUAAAGUAACAAAAAAAGACACUCAGAUCCUGAUUCAAAGUAAAGAAUGCAGCUUUGCCUAAGAAUUUUAUCAAACCCUAAUGGACUCAGUUCAUUAUCAGCAAUAGAAUCUUUAUUGGUCGAUCAAGGAAAAAAGGUUUUCUCUAAAUUCCUAGAAACUCAUAGUAAGCUAAAUACUGGAAAGAAAGGUAAAAAAGGAGAGGAAAGUUUGCUUAUAACUCAACCUGAUGAAAUGGUUGUAUUCAGAUAACUAAAAGGAAGGACUGGAGCAACUGAUUUUGAUAUUACUGAAGAACUUUCUGGUGAAGGAAAUGGAAUGAAUGAGAAUGAAGACUUUAUGAAUGACGUGAGGAAAAAUAUUGAUGCAAAAAUAUAUCAAAUGACAGGCUAUUCAGAUCCUAUUUAUGCUGAAGCGUUUGUGGAGGUUCAUCAUUAUGACAUCUUGCUUAAAAUUCUUCUUGUUAAUAGAACUAACAAAACUUUACCAAAUAUCUAAGUUGAGUUGUUAACUUAAGGAAAUCUUAAGAUUGUUGAGAAGCCACUCCCGACAACCUUAAGAGCGCUAUCAUCAUAAACAUUAAAGGCUUCUCUCAAGGUUUCAUCCACUGAUAAUGGUGCUAUAUAUGGAUAUAUUACCUUUGAUUCUGCAAGUGGAAAUGUUCCUAAUAUUAUCAAUAUCAAUGAAAUUCAAAUAGAUUUUAUCAAUGAACUUCAACCAGCCGAAUGUAAUGAACUUGACUUCAAAAAGAAAUGGGCAGAUUAUGAAUGGGAAAAUAAGGUUCAUGUUAACACUGCAAGUGCCACAGGAGACUUGAGAGAGUAUGUUGAGAAUUUUGCGAAAGCUAUGAAUGUAAAACUGAUGACACCAAUUACUGAGUAAGAUCAACUAAGUGGAUUCUUAGUAUCGAACCUCUACACUAAGAGUAAAUUUGAGGAGGAUUGUUUGAUUAAUCUCAGCAUUGAAAAAGCAUUAGUUGGAGAUGGUACAAGCAGAAUCACUGGCCUCAUUAGAGUGAGAGCCAAGACAGAGGGAAUGGCUCUAUGUAUUGGGGAAAAAUGCAAAGCUCUAAAAUGA